CGGCGCCUGCGCACUGAGGGGCCGCGGGGGCGGGGCUCGCGUUCACCCUGGUAACAGCACCGCUGCGGGGCCGCGCCCUGCCCAAGCCGUCCCCGCCGCCAUGCAGGGCGAGGACGCCCGGUACCUCAAGAGGAAGGUAAAAGGAGGCAACAUAGAUGUGCAUCCAUCUGAGAAAGCCCUCAUUGUUCACUAUGAAGUGGAAGCAACAAUUCUGGGGGAGACGGGAGACCCUAUGCUGGGGGAGCGCAAAGAGUGUCAGAAAAUCAUUCGGCUGAAGAGUCUCAGUGCGAAUACAGACAUUGCUUCCCUGGCUCGAAAGGUGGUUGAAGAAUGCAAGCUCAUUCACCCCUCCAAACUUGCAGAAGUAGAACAACUGUUAUACUAUCUACAGAAUCGCAGAGAUGCGUCAGCAGGAAAAGAAAAGAAAGAGAAAUCCAGUAAGCCAAAAGAUCCACCCCCAUUUGAAGGCAUGGAGAUUGAUGAAGUUGCCAAUAUCAAUGACAUGGAUGAGUACAUUGAAUUACUGUAUGAGGACAUUCCUGACAAGGUGCGUGGCUCUGCCCUCAUCUUGCAGCUGGCUCGGAAUCCCGAUAACCUGGAAGAACUGCUUAUUAAUGAAACUGCCCUGGGUGCACUGGCUAGAGUACUGCGAGAAGACUGGAAACAAAGUGUGGAACUUGCUACCAAUAUAAUAUAUAUUUUCUUCUGCUUCUCAAGUUUUUCUCAAUUUCACGGCAUAAUCACACACUACAAAAUUGGAGCUCUGUGUAUGAAUAUCAUAGACCAUGAGCUGAAGAGACAUGACCUUUGGCAGGAAGAACUUGCUAAAAAGAAGAAAGCUGUUGAUGAAGAUCCUGAAAAUCAAACCUUGAAAAAGGACUACGAGAAAACCUAUAAGAAAUAUCAAGGGCUAGUUGUCAAGCAGGAGCAGCUACUCAGAGUUGCGCUUUACCUGCUCCUAAAUCUUGCGGAGGAUACUCGCACUGAGCUGAAGAUGAGAAACAAGAACAUUGUCCAUAUGUUGGUGAAAGCCCUGGACCGUGAUAAUUUUGAGCUGCUUAUCCUGGUUGUAUCUUUCUUGAAGAAACUCAGCAUUUUUAUGGAGAACAAAAACGAUAUGGUAGAAAUGGAUAUUGUUGAAAAACUUGUGAAAAUGGUACCUUGUGAACACGAAGACCUACUGAACAUCACCCUUCGACUCUUACUAAAUCUCUCCUUUGACACAGGCCUGAGAAAUAAAAUGGUGCAAGUUGGUUUGCUUCCCAAACUCACUGGACUCCUAGCAAAUGAAAACUACAAACAGGUAGCCAUGUGUAUUCUGUAUCACAUAAGCAUGGAUGAUCGUUUCAAGUCGAUGUUUGCCUAUACGGACUGCAUCCCACAGCUGAUGAAAAUGCUCUUUGAGUGUCCCGAUGAGCGAGUUGACCUGGAGCUGAUUUCUUUCUGUAUUAACCUUGCUGCUAACAAAAGAAACGUGCAACUUAUCUGUGAAGGAAAUGGUUUGAAAAUGCUAAUGAAACGAGCGUUGAAAUUUAAGGACCCAUUGUUAAUGAAGAUGAUCAGGAAUAUUUCACAACAUGAUGGGCCUACCAAAAACCUGUUUAUUGACUAUGUUGGUGAUUUGGCAGCUCAAAUAUCAAAUGAUGAAGAGGAAGAAUUUGUGAUUGAAUGCCUGGGAACGCUUGCAAACUUGACCCUACCAGAUCUGGAUUGGGAGCUUGUGCUGAAAGAGUACAAACUCGUUCCGUACCUCAAGGAUAAACUGAAACCAGGUCUGUACAAAGGUUCUGCAGAAGAUGACCUUGUCUUAGAAGUGGUGAUAAUGAUUGGAACUGUUUCUAUGGAUGACUCUUGUGCUGCUCUGCUGGCCAAAUCUGGAAUCAUUCCUGCCCUCAUUGAGCUUUUAAAUGCUCAGCAGGAAGAUGAUGAGUUUGUCUGCCAGAUCAUCUAUGUUUUUUAUCAGAUGGUGUUCCACCAAGCCACCAGGGAUGUCAUUAUCAAGGAAACGCAGGCUCCAGCAUAUCUUAUAGACCUGAUGCAUGAUAAAAAUGCUGAGAUACGCAAGGUUUGUGACAACACGCUGGACAUUAUAGCGGAAUACGAUGAGGAAUGGGCUAAAAAAAUCCAGAGUGAGAAAUUUCGGUGGCACAACUCUCAGUGGUUGGAGAUGGUGGAGAGUCGGCAGAUGGAUGACAGUGAGCAGUAUCUGUAUGGGGAUGAUCGUAUCGAGCCCUACAUCCACGAAGGAGAUAUUCUGGAAAGACCUGACCUCUACUACAAUGCAGAUGGCCUAAUAGCCCCCGAUGGAGCAGUGAGUCCAGAUUUCUUCAGUGACUACCAUCUUCAAAAUGGAGACCUGGUUGGGCAGCAUCCCUUCUCUAGCAGCAUGGGAGCUGACGGUUUUGGUCAAUCUCCGGGAGUUCCUGGCCGCCCAGCGACUGCGUAUGGCUACCGCCCCGAUGAACCUUACUACUACGCCUACGGAGCGCGAUGAAGCACCGGCUCGCUGCUCCCUGCCCCACAGGGACAGGUGUGUGCAUGGCAGGUGGUAGAUCUGUCCCUUGGUAAUGCAUGGUUGUAUCACAACGGGGCUGUUGUUACGUGUCCUUUGGCGUGUGUAGCUCCAGAUAAACCUAACCUUUCUGAGUCCGCCGUCGUAGUGACCGUGUUACUCUUCAGUUGCUCUUUAAUACCAUUUUUGUACAGGAUUUGCUCUGUGACUUGAAAGCGAGUAUUGAAAAGCUGCUGGACUGGAAAGUGUCACGUUAUGUAUAUUAAGCUACUAAUUUAAUUUCUAUUAAAUAUGAAAACCUGUGUGGUCAGCGUCGAA